AUGGCCCAGGGAUCGACUCGUGAGGAUGAAACGCAGUCCUUGACGGCAAGCGUGACGGACUAUCCGAUGGAGCAUGGAAGACGAUACCAUAGGUAUCAUGAAGGCUCAUACUUGUAUCCGAACGACGAGCAGGAACUGGAUCGGAUGGAUCUGCAACACCAUAUGCUCAAGAUAGUUAACCACGGGCGCCUGCACUUCGCUCCCGUCCAAUGUGCGAAACGGAUCCUCGACAUCGGUACUGGUUCUGGCAUAUGGCCUAUCGAGAUCGCGUCCGAAUUCCCAGAGGCCGAAAUCAUAGGAACCGAUCUUUCACCCGUUCAGCCGCUCGAAGUCCCUGAGAACGUUCAUUUCCUUGUCGACGAUGCCACGGAGGAGGACUGGUUGUGGGACCCGAACCACUUCGACCUCAUUCACACGGGGCAUCUGAUGGGGUCUCUACCGUCGUACAAGGAUCUGCUGAAGAAAAUACACAAGCACCUCAAGCCGGGUGGCUAUGUCGAAUGCCACGAAUUCGACUCCAGACUCAAGUGCGACGACGGUACGAUGCCUCCCGAAGACCCCGACAAGUUCAGCGACUACGCCCUCCAAGAUCUCUUGGAUCUGCAGCAUCGCUCUGGCCAGGUCUCGGAUCCUCCCCGGCAGUUCCGAGUGGCCCAUCGCCUCGCACGCUGGAUGAGAGAAAUCGGGUUCGAAGACGUGCAGGAACACCGGUCGAUGGUGCCCGUGAAUCCCUGGUCCUCGGAUCCCCAUCUGAAGAAGAUCGGGGCCUGGAGUGAGACAAAUCUACUGGAAGCGUGUGCGGGAUGGUCUUACAAGCCACUAGCACUGCUUGGGUGGUCGAAACCUGAGAUUGAAGUCUUCUUGGUCGAUGUCCGAAAGAGCAUCCAAAAUCGCAACGUGCACGCUUACUUCGAAUUCUAUGCCCGAUUCGUCCAGUCCCAAAGACGCCAUGCCAGCCGCGUCCCUGGCCCGUUGGAGGCCCGGCGACGGCUGGCAAAGCGGAAGAACUGCGGUCUAGCUGCAGUAAAGAGUCCAAUGGUGACGGAUCCCACUCUGUUCGGGCCGGAGCCCGAGCCUGAACCCGAGCCUGAACCCGAGCCCGAGCCUUCCAGGCACGAUGUUGGCGAUAUUGAUACUGGCGUAUUAGUUGACUCGGCUGAUUUGUCCGAGCCCUCUUCCAGACCACACAGCAAUGAGACCCAGAUUCUUCCAUCUGAACACAUUUUGAGGCAGCGCCUGGAUAAUUGCGCGUCUGUUGAGGCGGUCACCCAGCUGGUGCGUGAGAUUGAACUUGACCUUCGCCAAGAGCCUGGUUACAGUCGUCUCAUCUUCGAUCAUUUUUGCUCGCGAGUUAGGCUGAGCGAGUCAAGCAUCAGCGAUCUGCUUCUCUUUCUGGACGAUCCAAUGCUCAACACACCGGGAGCUAGGAACUUCCCGAUUGUAGCAAAGUAUGUCAUUGAUACGGCCACAGGCUCAGAAGAGCGUGCCAAGUUGUUUGGAAGCAUUCUCAAUGCUGUCCGUCUUGGCCGAAUAAUCCCGUCUGAGCUUUCAGAAGUGAUUGAAACUCUGCAAAUGUUGCCCGAUGUGGUCGCUCCUGAGGCAGGCGAGUUGAAGAAGGUUGGAGAGCUUGCGGAGACGCAUUAUAAGAUGGAUUCUAAGAGACACUGCAACAGCGGAAACGGUGUGUUGGAUGCUUAUGAAAGAAUCUGCAGCGCCCUUGAUACCACAGCAACCAACGGAAAAUACCUUAGUCUGGAUGAGGGCACUGUCAAUACAUGGCUUAGAAUCCUGUGGCAGCGAAAUAUACGGGAUGAAUACCGGCUGGUUAGAAGGGUACUGUCUGGUGCUCGGCAUCUGCAUCUUGUGUGUUGCUCUUGGACCCCACGAUUCAUCAUGCGUUGGCUUGGGCUCCCCGUGGAGCAUAGGGUUGAAGCUGAUUCCUUCUUCGCAACCGAUCUUCUGCAAGCUCUUCGCAUGGAUACAGCGGCUGCAAGUAUCAUUUCGGUCACCGAGUUUCUGGUAUUGUCCCGGAAGCAGCAUUUGCUCCAGCUGUGGCACGAUUGUUUGUCCUCUGUCACCUCGGUUAAAAACAUCCCUAGAUCCGGUGUUUGGGUCGACAUUCGAUCGGAGAUUCCAGCAACAACAAGCCACUCCGGCAUGUCAGUCGCUCAUCGUUUCGUUUUACGCCUCUGGGUCUUCCGGGCUCUGAACCUGAGCUCUGCAGCGGGCCCAGUCUGGAAGCGAAAGGCCUACCAGACGGGAUCACUUACUCUGAGAUCUUCGAUGCCGGCCAUUGACAAAUGGGGAGCGCGACUUCUUAGCCUUUACCAGAUCUCUCGAAAUGACUACGGAAAGAAAGACCUUAUCACCAGUCUGCGAGAAGAUUCCCGUGCCUUGGGAUUGCCUUCAAAUGGAUUCACGAUCAUGGCCCUCGCAUUCCAGAACAAGAACGCCCCCAAUAAAACUACCCGAGAGGCAUUGAAAAUGAUGGAAGCGUCAGAAGCUUCCUUCAAGGAUCUGUUCCGAGACUAUGAGACGGAUCACAAUGUGCUCCUCCAAUUUGGGCCCGCGUUUGCGAAGUUCGUACGGGAAAUCGACAUCGAAUCACCGGAUUUCCUGGAACGCGCUCUCAAUCUUUGCCGGACGGGGAAACGAUCUGAAGUCCGACUGCUGCUUCGGAUCCUUGACUGGCAUGUGCCGCUCAAGAUUGCUCUGUCCAAGUCCUGGGAGCCCGUGCCCGACCCCUCUCAACUUGCGCUUGUGCUCUACCAGCCACGGGACAGCCGAACUCACCCCGAUCCUCAUGCCGCGCUCAAUUUGAUCAACACUCUGGCAGUCGUUUUGUCUUGCUCACAGUACCUGACCCCGCGUCAGUCCUAUCGAUUGAUCUACUGGCUUUACGUGUACUUGAUGGAUCAUCAGGCCCCGGUGCAACCGGUCAUUGUUCGCUCCAUGUAUCACGCUGGUGUGGUUCGAGCUCGACGAGAAGGUCGGGGCAUGUACUGUCCCACGCAGCACAAAUUCAUCAUGAGCAAGGUGAAAGAGGUUGAGUCCCCGGAGAUUGUGAGAGCAUUGGCAGACCCUGAUUUUACGUGGAGGACGUGA